CUGUGAUCCUCGACUUCGAGGGUCGUGCUCAACGGGCCGCCGGGCUCCAAGUUGUGGGCGAGGAGCUGCUAUGACAGUUUUGGCUUCUUCUUCACGCCGUGGUUUGGAUGGUCUGGGAUGCUCUGGAAGGCGGAUAGGCUGUGGUAUGCCUUGAACAUGGAGUGCCGCAGGUAUUGCAAAGAGCACUGUGGUUCGGACGACAUCUCCACCGCCAAGACGUCCGGAUCGUACUACGAAUCGGUCAGGGUGGAGGCUACGAAGCGCGGAAAGGAGGUUCUCGAGUUCAAGGCUGAGGAUGGGCGGGAACCUCUGUCGAUUCUUGGAGAAGGACGUGCCAGGUACACUAUUCCCGCGAUUGAACGAGAAGAAGACUUUUGCCGCCAUCAAGGCUAUCGCCAUUGCGAAAGGUCUUCUAUCAUGAGCGGCGCUCUUUGGCCUGGGGUAGGCUACCUGGCAAUACGGCCCGCUUCUCUAUUACAUGGUUUCUAAUGCGGAUCUAAGUUUGAUUAGAUCAUGAUUUGGACUCAUUCUUGAGUUGUCGGGCAAUCAGUGGCGAGGGGUGAGGGGAAGAGAGGGCCUAAAAUGGGCAGUACAUGUGGAGGAUAUCUAUGAGAUUUAAAUCCCAGAAUGACGCUAUUCAGGAAGGAAUUCAGGGGCUGAGUUGCA